AGCACGUGCUUUUCUUAUAGCCUAGUACUCAGAUCGGCUGAGAGUUUCCACUCAGUCCUAGUUUCCCUGUUGCAUGGAACGGAGGUGUUUUGAGCAGUGUGUGAUAUCAACGGACUUGUCCUUUUAUUCUGUAAAAUUACCCCAAGAAAAAUGGCCUCCUCCGAAGCCAAGGGUAAAAACCCUUACUCGGAGUUGAGCAACGUUAAAAGUCCGAAAUUAUCGCCCUUAAAGAAGAAAAAACCUAUGGAUAAGAAUUUAGUGGAAUCGGAAUGCAAAGAAGUUGAGAUGAAAGAGGUCAAUGACCCUGUAACUCAUCCGAGUCCGAGCAGCCAACUGAACUACCUCCAGCUUACAGGAUUAAAUUCGCUCAUGGACUACCAUCUGCGUCGCUUCUGUCAAACUCCUUUGUAGCAAAAAAUACUAGUUACAGUAGAGUUUAUGCUGAUUUUAAAAAUAUCCUGGAUGGUAUUGCUUCUAUUUGUCCUUAUUCUCUGUUCACACGAAAGAUUUCAGUUGACACAAUUUUUUUUAAAGGUAAUUGUAAUAAUUAAAAAAUGGCAAACGAAGCUAUAAUUCUCCCUUUAUUUAAAGAAAAAAUAAGAGAUCUAACCUCAAAAAAUAUGGAAAUCAUCUUCACGGAUGGCUCUGUGUCGGAAAAUUUUACAGGUAGUGCUUUUGUUCACUUAAAUUCCAAUUCAAUAAAAAGUUUUUAAACCGACAAAAAACUGUUGUCGCUGACUGCUGAAAUCACAGCCUUAGAAAAAGCCAUUGACUUCGGUAUUUCAAAGAAUCUCUCCAAAAUAGCAAUUUUAACUGACAGUCUUGGUGUUAUCCAAACAAUAAAGGACGCGAACUCCAAAAACUGCAUUUCUCAAUGCAUUUUGAAAAAAGUCAUUAACAAUCCAACCCUUCUGUCCAUAGAGUUUCACCACAUUCCAAGCCAUCCCAAUAUUUGGGAAAACGAUCUCGCAGAUACAGCGGCUAAAAAUGCUAGGAUUAACGGCUCUUUCGUAUCCGUCAGAUGGACCAUUAAAGACGCUAUCAAUCAUAUGUUCGCACAAAUAAAACAAGACUGGGAGCGUGAAUACAGUCUGUUUUCAUAAGAGCGUAACAAGGGUUACUCUCUCCUCUCACCGUAUACCACUUCCAAGCCUUGGUUUAAAAACAAAGAAGACCUAUUCAACCGUAUAGAAACAAAGAUUCUGAACAGAAUCUUAAGCGGACACGCUUAUGAUAAAUACAUACUUUCCAAAAUGAAACUUUACGAUAACGCCCUAUGCGAUUCGUGCAACAUUAAUAAAGACAUUUCGCAUAUUUUGUUAAAUUGCUCAAAGUA